UCACCUUAUCAACCGUAUCCACAGCUCAUCAGCAGUGCUGUCGGGCAGUCCAACGAAUUCGGUGGGCUUUCACUGCUACCAUACUCAUCAGAUCCAACCGCGAUCACUCAGUCAACGUAUCAGUGCCAUGAAGAGCCGGUUGUCUGGCCUUUAUCUGCGGAAUACGGCCAGUGUAGAUCUCUCACCACGACGGAGGAUGACGAGGACGUGGUUGAAGGCCAGGACGUGGUUGAUGGCCAGCUGUACGCCCGACUGAUCCACAAAGCCCUGAUGGAGGCACCCGGCCAUAGGAUGAUGCUCCCAGAGAUCUACGAAUGGUUUCGACACAACGCCGCCAAACCUCGAGGGUCGAGAUCAAAUGGUUGGCAGAGUAGCAUUCGGCACAAUCGGUCUAUGAAUGAGGCAUUCGAAAAUGAUAGGGAUAAUGCAAAGGGGAACUCAAGGCAAGCGACCAGCGUCUGGGUCCUCACCAACGAGGCGCGAUCCAGAAUGGGGUGUAAUCUACCUCCAGAUAUCGCAAGACUGAAGCGGAGAAAAAGCCCGUAA